AUGGAAUCAUCUAGGACCUCUCUCCCCGCGCCGUCUCCACCUACGGCUGGGCUUCAACACCAAGUCCAAGAAGCAUUGAAGAUGAUGGAUCAAUUUCUUAGCAUUCCUAUGGUGACUUCCAUGAAUGACCAAACCAUAGUAUGGCUCGGCUCUGCUUGCAAGACUCUGGAGACUUUGAACAUUAACAUUCCACCACUUAGUGCUGCUGACAUGACGUUCCUCCGCAUGGUGGGUAAAGACCUAGUGAAACGCGGGAAAGCUGUGGAACCAGCUUUGCAAGUGGCUAGAGCAAGUACAAUGCCUACUCUCCCAAAGGGGCUGAACAAAUGCGACGUGAGAAAGCAGCCCGGCUCGCCACUGACCCCACUCGUGCGGAGAUAG